CAAAAAAUCUGAUUAUAAUAGUAAACGUUAGAAAGUUUAAAACGGUGACGGAGUAAAAGAAUUAAAGAGAGUGAUGACGAACCAGAUAGAAUUGUUUUAGCAAAGGCAUCCAACAAUGGAUAAACCCUUUUCAGCAAACAACCAUUGAUAAACCCUAAGCUUCCAAAACCACUCAUCUAUGGCUAUGUCGUCAUUUCACUUACUUCCUCUAUCUUUUGCUUUAGCUCACCACAAACUAUCUUCUCCGUUACUAUUCCAGAACAAUUUUCAACUCUUCGACCCACAUUCUUCACUUCAGUUCUUCAAUUCACACAAGUUAAACCCACCUAGAGCUUCCACCAGUGAUGACACUAAUGGAGCCAUUCAAACCAAACAACCCUCUCGCCGAGGCAGAAAGAAGGGAUCCACUUCUUCUUCAUCUUCAGAGUCUUCUACAAAGAAGACAAGGCGUUCGAGAAAAAGCCAAGCUGAGAAUGACCAAGUUUCAGACUCUGAGCUUGAGGAUUACGACGAUGGGAUUGAUAUCCCGUACGACGAUCCUCCUUUGAUCUGCUGUUUCGGUGCAGCACAGAAGGAGUUCGUGCCGACGGUUCGUGUUUCCGAUAACCCAAUGGACCCGGAUAUUUACUCAGAGUGGAAAAUGCUCCAAUGGGACCCGCCGGAGUUUGUCAGGGCCCCAGGUGGGCCACCGUCAAAUGUGGCGAUUUCCCACGUGAGGCUCGGUGGCCGGGCGGCGUUUAUGGGGAAAGUCGGGGAGGACGAAUUUGGGGAAGAGCUUGUUUUGAUGAUGAAUCAGGAGAAGGUUCAAACACGGGCUGUGAAGUUUGAUUCGAAGGCAAGGACUGCUUCUUCUUACAUGAAGAUUAAGUUUGAGGAUGGGAAAAUGAAGGCUGAGGUUGUCAAAGAGUCUGCCGAGGAUUCUCUGCUUACCUCCGAAUUGAACCUUUCUGUGUUAAAAGAGGCUAGAAUAUUCCACUUUAAUUCAGAAGUCCUAACAUCUUUGCCCAUGCAACGGACUCUUUUCAAAGCAAUUUCAUAUUCCAAGAAGUUUGGGGGCCUUGUGUUUUUUGAUCCAAAUUUGCCUUUGCCUCUAUGGAGUUCACGCGAUGAGACAUGGGAAUUCAUUAAGAGAGCCUGGAAUGAAGCAAACAUAAUUGAGGUCUCGAGGCAAGAGUUGGAGUUUCUUCUAGAUGAAGAGUAUUAUGAGAGAAAGAGAAAUUACAGGCCUCAAUAUUAUUCUGAAAACUUUGAGCAAACCAAGAACCGGAAAGAUCACCACCAUUAUACUCGUGAAGAAAUAUCUCCCCUAUGGCAUGAUGGACUCAAGUUUUUGUUUGUGACAGAUGGGACGCUUCGAAUCCAUUAUUACUCACCAACAUUCGAUGGUGUCAUAGCUGGAACAGAAGAUGUUCUCAUUACCCCAUUCACUUGUGAUAGGACGGGUUCUGGGGACGCUGUUGUAGCUGCAAUUAUGAGAAAGCUAACAACUUGCCCGGAGAUGUAUGAAAAUGAAGAUACAUUGGAGAGGGAGCUGAGGUUUGCAGUUGCAGCAGGGAUUAUAUCACAGUGGACUAUUGGUGCUGUGAGAGGUUUCCCCACAGAGAGUGCCACACAGAAUCUCAAGGAGCAAGUUUAUGUUCCUUCAAUGUGGUGAACUGAAUUACAUUGCGGUUCUGAAAAUGGUAUGUGUUUUGUCCAGUUGUUGUGAUACAAAACAAAGUAGUGGUGAGAUUUGUAAAAUUUUGAUGAUUUUAUUUUAUCCAACCAAAGAUUGUUUAUCUGAUUCAGUAAAUAUAUCUUCUUCCAACUC